AUGACCUCUGUCUACAUUGGAGCCGCUGGUUCCGGUGGCUCGGCUGCACCAGGAGCCACAUCUCAGUAUUUCGGCGUGGGUGGUGGUGGAGGAGGAGGUGCAGGUGGUGGUAAACUGCCAGGUGGAGGAGGAAUGCCAGCAGGUGGUACCGGAGCACAAUCUGCCUAUUUUGGCGUUGGAGCUGGUGGUGCAGGAGCUCCUGGAGCACAAUCAGCAUACUUUGCCGUUACUCCAACAGCAGCUGGCGUGCCACCCGUUGGCGGCGGCGCCGCUCCGCCACCUCCAGUGGGUGGAGGAGGUGCUUCAACCAUGACCGCUGUGGGCGGUGCCCCAGGAGGACGUUCAACAAUGACCGCAGUUGGUGCUCCUAUGGCAGGUCCAGGAUCUACAAUGACUGCAGUUGGUGCUCCUAUGGGAGGUCCAGGAUCUACAAUGACAGCUGUCGGUGCUCCGGCCGGAGGAGCUUCAACCAUGACUGCUGUUGGCGCUCCAGGUGGACGUUCAACGAUGACCGCAGUUGGUGCUGUUGGUCCAGGAUCUACAAUGACUGCAGUUGGUGCCCCUGCCGGAGGUCCAGGUUCUACAAUGACCGCAGUUGGUGCUCCUAUGGGAGGUCCAGGAUCAACGAUGACUGCCGUCGGUGCUCCUGCUGGUGGAGCAGCUUCAACCAUGACUGCUGUAGGCGCUCCAGGUAAUGAUACAUGUUAUCGCGUCGAUUGUACUACCACUGUAACCAGUACACAGAGAUAG